CCUCCUCGUGCUGCCGCCGCUUCAGCAGUAUUAUGGCAUAUCACGGCAUUGCUUGGCCCAAGGACGCCUAAAACACCAUGACAGCGCCGCUCCACAUUCUCCGGACUGAGCCUCUCGGCGCGCUUAGAAGACUGACAAAGGCCGCCUGCGCCAGUGGGCACUCAAACGGGGCAUCACUGCGCGCCCAGGGGUGCUGAUGGUGCGGUGUCUCCUGCGUAACCUCAACGCAACUGGCCUCGUACGAGCGUACGAGGCUAUCGUCUACGUGGAGGAGCACUCCAACCAAGCGUUUGCGCUCCUUCAGUUCUUGGAAAAGCGUCCGCUCGGCUCCACACACCAACGUAAUCCUCGCCCUAUUCUGUUUCCGUCUGCGGGACAUGGAAACUAUGCUAGACUAGUUCACGUCGACAUGGUGCUUUGUACUCCCCGGAAUCCUUUACGCGCGAAACUACAGCAGCGUGCCGUCAAUAGUGGGGCUGAUGGCCUUGGGAGCGUCGAGCGCCUUGGUGCGGCCUUCGCGGCGUCUUGCGAGGCAUUGGCACACCCACCGGUCCACUCCGCGGCUGGCCCAGCCAUGGUUGAUUCUUGGAGUUACAUGUGCCCCAGGCAGCGUGGCUCUGGGGUGACUAUCAGCAGAAGCCGCUGCAAGGAGCGCCAUGGAAGGGCGUCUCAGCUUGCCCCAGCGAGACAAAGGCCCGAGCAAAGUUUAUUGGCACGCAAGCACGCCAAGCAGCAAACGCGCAUUUUGUUUCGACGGCUAGCCAAGCCUCGCAUCAUUAAGCCCAGCAACGGCGGCUCCUUGUCGUGGAUCGGAUUGCUCGGAAGGCCGCGUCAGCGUGGAAGCUUGCCCAGCAGCUAGAAGACCACUAACUCCUCCGCUCGCUAGUCUCGUUCUGGAGACCCCGCUCCGCGGAAGCUGAGUCGUUCUCGCGCGCAAGAGUGCACGCAGAAGCGCUCGAUGUCGUGCAAAUAGCGCCCAGGCGGCGCCAGCAAGUGAUAUGUCUCAGACAGGCUCGU